UGUCUGUCUGUCUCUGUCUCUGUCUCUGUCUCUCUCUCUCUCUCUCUCUCUCAAAGUCAGUGACAUUCACAAUUAAAGCAUUUAGCGAGUGGCCCUAUCAAGCGGCGAGGACAAAUGGGAUGUAAAGUAAGAGCUCUUGGGAGUUUAGAUUCCUCAGCUUGCCGCAGUCACUCCAAUUCAAUUGGUGAAUCUACACGGCCCAACUUGCACAAGACGUCAGGGUUUCUGCAAACUGUGGGGAGGAGGUACAUUUGAAACAGUCAUAGAAUCGAAAUCAUGGAAGAAAUGACAAAAACAAAACUUUCAGUGUUUUGAGCCUGUGAUGUCAAGUUUAUAUCUCAAAUGUCACUGCACAGCAGCUAUAAUUUGCUUGUGGUGACCCAGGAAGUUGGAGGAUUCAUAUUUGGGGCUCGUUUAGACGACAAUGGUUUCUAUUUUUAGGUGAUUCACAGUAAGAAAAAGAAACCUUUCAAGGACUGGUCGUGAAAUUACUCCUCUUCUGACACUGCUCAUCAACAGUUCAAGGUGUGCGUGCCUGCCUGCCCAGAAUGUUGCCAUGCGCGGACGGAGCACACUGACUCGUGCCACCCAGUUCAGCGAGAGCCCUGUAAAUCUGCUCCAAUGUUGAAGAGCUCCUGUGCAGAGCGAAGGAUGAGGGCAUCGCUGGCUAGGCUACAUUUAUUGUCCAUCCCUAAUUGCUCAGAGGGCAGUUAAGAGUCAACUACAUUGCUGUGGGUCUGGAGUCACAUGUAGGCCAGAACAGGAACAUACUGCCUCUGAACUCUUGUUAUCUCACUUUGAAAGUCUCCCACUUGCUAGUCGUCCUGUCACCUGUGAACAGAAUACCUCAAUCAACUUUUGAACGUUUGUGUCUCAUACUAUCAAAAUUUGCCUUGCUCCAGGCACUGAAGUGGGCGCUGUGCCUUUAAGUGAAGGGUUGGUGUGUGUGUUUGAACAUUGAGAGACAGGCCUCUGCUUGGUAGCCAGCUGGAACGAGAAGGAAAGGAUUCCCAAAUGAGUGCGUUGCUUUCACAUGAUGUUUACCGAACUGGAGGUUGGAUAUGAAAGCGACAGGCAGCAGUAGCAGCUCAGGGCUGGGGAAACUCGCUUCCUGACGCUGGAAUAUAACAACAUGUAAUCCGAGGGAAGAGGAGGAGAAAGUUUGAACAAACAGCCACAUGACCAGCGAACUAUUUAAACCAACUGGUAUGGAGCUCGCUGUUGUUGUUACUGGUAGCUAAUCAGAGCGUUUUUUUUAAAAAAAACACCCAAAAAGGAAACACUUGCUUUGCAAAGUGCUGAAUGCAAUUUGAGUUUUGCAAACAUGCUGGCUGUGCCCCAGACUGAGGUUUACACGUACGAGAAGAUUCUGAUUAUAAUUUCCUGCUGUUGCUCCUGCCUGGGUUCCCUGCUGAUUAUUGGUACCCACUGCUGGUGGCCGGACCUCCGGACCAGAGCUCGGCAGCUCCUGGUCUUCCUCUCGGUCGCUGACCUGCUGUCGGCCGCCUCCUAUUCCUAUGGGGUGCUGCGGGAUUUCCAGAGCUCCACCUGGGACUGUGUGCUUCAGGGAGCCCUGUCCACCUUCGCUAACACCAGCUCCUUCUUCUGGACAGUGGCGAUCGCUAUCUACCUGUACUUGUUGCUGGUCAGGUCGGAGCUGCUCUUGGCUGAUAGCCUGGUGCUGUGGUUUCACGCUGUAAGUUGGCUAGUGCCUCUCGUAAUCACUAUGGCUGCUGUUAGCCUGCAGAAGAUAGGCUAUGAUGCAUCAGAUGUGUCAGUAGGCUGGUGCUGGGUCAGUAUCCAGGCAGAGGAUCAUGUCUUGUGGAUGCUGCUCACUGGCAAAAUUUGGGAAUUUAUAGCUUACAUCACCCUGCCAACUCUUUACAUCCUCAUCAAGAAGCACAUCUACAAAGCGCACGAAGCCUUAUCAGAGUAUCGCCCUAUCCUCAUCAGCAGUUCCAGCCAUCACACAAGAUCUUCAAUCGCAGAUCGCAAACUAACCAUUAUACCCAUCAUAUUCAUCUUUCUUCGAAUCUGGAGCACUGUGCGGUUCAUUCUGACACUUUGCAAUUCGCCUGCGGUACAGAAUGGAAUAUUAGUAAUAUUACAUGGAAUAGGAAACACCUUUCAAGGAGCAGCUAAUUGCAUUAUCUUCGUCCUGUGCACACAAGUAGUCCGUGCUCGGCUGGUUUCCUGUCUGUGCAGCUGUUUUGGGUACGGCACCACCUCGAUACCUAACAAGGCAAUCGCGAGAAAUUAUGGGGAGGUUGUGUCUCGACGGAAUGCAGAAAUGUUUCCUUCCAUCGUAACUGCAGAAUAAGUGAUUCUAAAAGUCCCACAGGAGUGCAAACUGAAGCUGGCUUUGACCUGUUUUAAGCAGUAUCGUGAAGCUGGCCACUGCACAUGCCACUUCCCUUUUGCCGGAGAGAAUUCGUUCACUUGUGGUGCUGAUGGUGAAGAUGUUUGGACUGCAUGGGUUUCUUCCUGUUGGGUUUGGGAUGGAUUGAUCUGUCCAUGCCUCGUUUUGGAACCGAGCCUAGAAUUGUUCACACAAUCACUGCACAACCAAAGGGUCAGAUUUCUGAAUCGCCUGCUUGUCUUCAAAAACUAUGGUGCCUGUUAAAUAUUUUAUGAAAGUUGUUGUUUGUAUUGACUUUAACAGUGACAUUACAUUCUGUGGAGUAAAACUCUGUUGCAAUAUCUGAAUGUUGUUGGAUACCAGACUAUGAAUUAAUAAUGCUACUUCUGACUUCUUUCUAACACUUUGGUCUCUGUCUCCCUGACUGACAUUUAAAAUUUGUGUGAGGUGUAGAUCCUGUUACUGAUACAAAGGUUGUACGAAGCUUGACUGAAAUUUCUAAUUCAACUGGAACUAUUUAGAAGUCACGUUUGUAUUUUUAAACUUCCACCUACUCGUUUUCCCAAAGGCCUCUUGGACCUCUAGUGUUACUGAGGUACAGGGUCCUCUAAGACUUCUUUACACAACUGCACCCAACGAUAUUAAUUCUGUUUAUUUGCUCCUCAUUGGAACUAGACUUGACUCCUGUUUUCAACACCUAAAAAAAUAAUGAUAUAAGGGGGUUAGAAAGAGUUAGUUAUCAGAGAACGAAAAAGAUAAACUUUGAAGAAGUUGCUAACCAGUUCAUUAACAUCAAUUCCUCUCUGGCUGUGUCAGUAGGCUGCUUCAAAUAAUAACACCCAAAGGUAGAAACUCGCCAGUCUGUAUUAUUGCCAAAGUCAAUGUUUUGAUCUUGUUAGAAACUUCUUUGCUGAAAUUAUCACCAAAAAGAUCAAUAUCUUGAGUUUUCUGGGUCAGAAGUCACAAGACCAGGUUCUCGUCCAACAGGUUUGUUUGGAAUUUCUUGAGCUUUCAGAGCGCUGCUGUUUUGUCAGGGUCACCCGACAAAGGGGCUACACUCCGAAAGCUUGUGAUUUCAAAUAAACCUGUUGGACUGUAACCUGGUGUCAUUUGACAUCAGACUUUGGCCACCCCAGUCCAAUACCAGCAUCUCCACAUCUUGAGUUUUCUUGAAAGCGAGUUACAAUCAGACAAUGAAUUUUGAACCAAAACAGAAGCUGCUGGAAAAGCUCAGCAGGUCUGGCAGUGAGGGGUCUUCACAGAAACUAUUUCGGGCUAUUUUCUUUGAGGGAAGAAUCCAAACCCAAAGCAUGACCUGGGUAAUGACUAGGAAGAGCAUUCAAUCCUGACCUCUGUUUCCAACUUGUAUCAUUAUAAUGGGGAAGCUUUGGUUGGGUUGGCAGUGGGAUUAAAUGAUUUGAACGGAGAGAAUGUUGAUGUAACAACAACUAUUAAUAGUGAAAUAAUAAAACAGUUUCAUCCUUUUUGACUUGAUUUAGUCAUUCACUAAAUGUUUGCAUCUAUUGUGAUGACCACUUCCAGAUUGUGAUUUGAAACAUCGUGUAUUUCAAUUUGCUUUCAAACAUGCAUAAGAUGGUUACAGGGUAUGAUUCUCUUUCACUUGAAGUUAGUGGGUUUUUUUUUAUUAAAUCAAUAUUAGGUACUUAUUUUAAAAACAAAAACUAUUGCAUGUCAGAACCUGAGAACUCAUCAUAACCUCAUCUCAAUGAUUCUGUUACUCUGUUUUUCCAAUUACAGUCAUGAAAAUGUUCUAGACAUCCCAACCUAUUUCUUUCCUGCUUGAUUGUUUACUGGUAUGGUUAAAUUGCAAUAUGUAAAUAUAGUUCUCAUUGUUUUCUCAAUAGGUUUGAGCAUAGAUUUUUGGAAAAUGUUUAUAUUGCAGAAAUGUGCAUUUAAUGUGGUAUAUGAUAACUAAUAAAGUAUU